UUGGAGACGGGAAGCUGUGUUUCCCUGUGGCGCGCACCUCCCCUCCCCACGCGUAACGAGCCUCCUCUCGCUGCGCGGAGCCUGUUUGCAAUUCCUGCCUGUCGUGCCAGAGCCUGCAGCUGUCCCUGCUGCGUCCCUCCGCCGCUGCUGUGGGGAACCGUCGCCUCUCAUGACUAACCGACGCAGGACUUUUUUUUUUCUUUUUCUUUUGGGUCCAGCGCAAGAGCGAGCGCAAAGCCGAAGGAUAUCGCCACUUAAAGAGCACUUCCAACAGUGUUAGGAGGUGAAUGAAGACACCUGACAGCUCGCGACGCCCCACCCGCGUGUUGACUGAAACCUUCUCGGCUGUGAAUGCUUCAGGAAUGUGGGAUAUCAAUCUGUGUCAGCGUAUCAGCACCCUCCUCUGCCCCUGACACCAUGACCACAGACUUGAACUUCACCUCCCUGCUGAAUGUCACGGAUCUCCACAACCACACAAGAGGAUGUUCCCUCACCAAGACGGGCUUCCAGUUCUACUACCUGCCCACUGUUUACAUUAUGGUCUUCGUCACGGGGCUGGUGGGCAACAGCCUGGCUAUUUGGAUGUUCGUGUGCCACAUGAGACCCUGGAGCAGCAUCUCCGUCUACAUGUUCAACCUGGCUCUGGCUGACUUCUGCUACGUCCUCUCCCUGCCCUUCCUCAUCUUCUACUACUUCAACAAAACAGACUGGAUAUUCGGGGAUGUGCUGUGCCGCCUGCAGCGCUUCAUAUUCCACGUGAAUCUCUAUGGGAGUAUUCUGUUUCUGACCUGCAUCAGUGUUCACAGGUACACCGGCGUGGUGCACCCGCUCAAGUCUCUGGGUCGACUGAAGAAGAAAAAUGCAGUUAUCACCAGCACGCUGGUGUGGGUGGUGGUCGUCAUAGCUAUCUCCCCCAUCCUGUAUUAUUCCAGGACCGGCUUGAAGCGCAAUGCCACCACUUGUUAUGACACCACAACUGAGGAUGAGUUACCCGGUUAUUUCAUCUACAGCAUGACUUUGACUGUGUUUGGGUUUUGCAUCCCAUUUAUUAUCAUAUUCUGUUGCUACGGCAUGAUUGUCAAAGCGUUAAUCUACAAUGAUAUGAACAACGCGCCCCUGCGGCAGAAAUCAAUCCACCUGGUUAUCAUCGUGCUCGCGGUCUUCGCUGUCUCCUACAUGCCUUUCCAUGUGAUGAAGAACCUCAACAUGAGGGCCAGGCUGUACUUCCAGGGCCCUGACAUGUGCGAGUUUAACAACCGCGUCUACGCCACCUACCAGGUGACACGGGGGCUGGCCAGCCUAAACAGCUGUGUGGAUCCUAUUCUUUACUUCCUUGCAGGAGACACCUUCAGGAGGAAGCUGUCGCGGGCCACUAAAAAGAACUCCAGGAAGGGGGACACCGUCCUGCAGUCUAAGAGCGAGGAGACGGCGCUCAACAGCCUGGCUGAGUAUGUGGAGAAUGGGGACCGGAGGCAGUGAUAGGACUGGUCCCGAGUGUCUAGUACAGGCUGAGGAUCCUGAUUGACUUUAGAAAACCUGAUGGACUUGGUAUUGAAUUAGUGAAUGCACUGUCUGGACUGAAGGCUGUAUGGAGAAUCUAUCGGCCGGUGUUUUUAUAGAACUGUAGGAUGAAUAGUCCAUUAACCCUGUGAUAACCAUCGCUUGCUUGCAGCCUGUCGAUGUUGAUGACCUAUAGUACUGUAUUGUUCUGUACACAUAUCGUACUCUAAAUGUUAGAGCCAUUACUCGCCGUUCUUAUUGCGUCGUUACUGUUGCGUUCACGUCAUGUCAACAAAAUGAACAUCAUGAUAAGGCGGGAAAGGGGAAAAUAGGUUUCCCUACGGGCAAUGACGUCCUGUGCAUCAAUUUGUUCAGGAAAAUUAAAAAAAAAUUGUACUGAGAAUGGAUAGCGCCUUCUCCGAGUUUAUGCUUAAUCAAUAGCUAUUAAGCAGAUGGGAAUUUGCCGUAAAGGAAAUGUACCUGGGAUGGCUUUUACCAGAAGAAAAAAAAAAAAAAAAAAGUGAAUGCACUGAACCGGAGGUUGCUGCAUGGUUGUGUCCAUGCAGACAUUGUAAUGCACUAUGACCAGGGACUCUCUGCGCAGAGGGCUGCCUAUCACUCUUCAUUUCUUUCUCCAUCCAUUACUGACUUUUGACAGCUCUGAGGUUAAGGUCUGCAGUGGCUACGGAACCACAGCCUUUCUGUCCUUGUUAACCUGUUUGUUCCCUAUACUGGAAAAAAAAAGCGAAACAACAGAAAAUAAUACGCGUAGUAUUGUUGUGUACAUUUACUGCAAUGAGCGUGUGUUUUUCUGAGGUGCACUGUACAGAAUGUUGUGACGUUCCAGUUGAGUCAGUGUUGUUAACUGUUUUGCUCAAGUCGGUAUCACUAAAACCUUUAGUGCACAAGUCCAAUAUGACAUCCCAUCACUGAGACACUGACUAACCACGGCAGGUUCUAACUUCUCAACUGCACAGGGAUUAUUAGCUUAUAAAUGAACAAAAGAGACACACACACACACACACACACACACACACACACACCUGCUUUUUGACUCCAUCAGUAUUGAAGAGUUUUUUUGUUCAUAUGAGAUACCUCAAAGGAAAUACUGCACUGUGUUUGUGCUUUGGUAGAUAACCAUUAUUUUGAAUCUGUUGUAGUCAUUCUGGAGAAUUGAACCUGGAGCUAUUUCUCUCUAUCUCUCUCUACACACACACACACACACAUAUUUAUAUAUAUAUAUAUAUAUAUAUAUAUAUAUAUAUUCACUCCGGACUACAUAGAUGUUUGAUGUCUCUACUAAUACAUUUGUAAAUCUGUAAUGUGGUCAAAGGUUGUCAAGAAAAGGAAGUGAAUCGCCUGUACAGGAAAUCUGGGGCCACGUGUAUCUUUGUCAAUAAACUUUUAUAUUUAUAACACG